AUGAACAUCAAGCAGCGAGAAGACGAGACGCUACGAGCCUAUAUAACUCGUUUCAACAAAGAAGCCCUUUUGAUUGAUGAAGCUGACGAUAAAAUACUCGUAGCCGCGUUCACUAGCGGGCUACGGAAGGGUAAGUUCCUGUUCUCCCUAUACAAGAAUGACCCAAAAACCAUGACGGACGUCCUUUACAGGGCUACCAAGUACAUGAAUGCAGAAGAUGCGCUGCUGGCCCGCGAGGAAAGGCCUAAGAAGAGGGAAAGGCAGGAAGACACGAGACAAGACAGGGGGCGAAAGGUAGCUAAAACCGGAGAUCAACGUGAUGAAAAGCGCUCCAGACCACCCACUGGAAGGUUCACCAAUUUCACCCCGUUGACCGCCCCAAUCGACCAAGUAUUAAUGCAAAUCAAAGAUGAAGGAGCAUUGACUUUCCCUGGAAAGUUGAAGGGAGACCCCGACAAAAGACCAAGAGACAAGUAUUGCCGCUUUCACCGGGACCACGGUCACGACAUAGCUAACUGCUACGACCUGAAGCAGCAGAUUGAGGCCCUAAUCAGGCAAGGGAAACUACAGAGGUUCGUCAGCAGGGAAAGAACUGAUACACCGGAAGAACAGGCUCCACGAAGGGAGAACGACCGCCCUAGACCACCCAUAGGAGACAUACGAAUGAUCAUAGGGGGCACAACUGCAGCCGGAUCUUCCAAGAAAGCCCGCAAGACCUAA